AUGACAGAUAUUUCUAUAUCAUUAGAAAUGACUCCACCAACUCAAGAACCAUUCCCGAAUAUCGACAUUAAAAAGAAUGCUGCAUCCACAACAAACUAUACGAAGAACUCACAGUCUAGAAAUAGUACCAGCAAAAGCAGCAAUCAUACAAGACACAGUAGCGGAGACAAUGGAGUAUCCAAGGGGAGAAAACGAUCCAAUUCACAAUCUCAAGUAGUGCCGGCACCCCCUAAACCACCAUUAUCAUCAGCUUCAAGCGCUGCUUCAAAACAUCAUUAUGGUCGUUCUAAUCAUCAAUCACAACAUACGCGAACACCUCAAAUUUUAACAAGAAAAAGAAAUCAAGCUCAAUAUUAUGUAUCAUUAUUACCAUUGAAUGAUACAUUUAUUAAGAAACAUCUUCCAGUAGCAACAUAUCCCGAAACUACUAAAUUGGGUAGACCUACAGGAACUAAACAUAAGCCAGAUGUAACUAAUGGAUAUUUUGAUUCUCGUGUGUUGAGUCGUAAUCAUGCACAAAUAUAUAUAGAACCUUCAAGUGGGAAAUUAAUGUUACAAGAUUUAGGUUCAUCCAAUGGUACUUAUUUAAAUGAUGUUCGAUUGGGUACUGAUCCAGUAGAGAUUCAGAUUGGAGAUAUUGUAUGUCUUGGUUUUAAUGUUCAAGCAGAAUCUACUCAUAAACAAAUUAGUCUAAAGAUUGAAAAUAUCAAUGUCAUUUCAAACACAGGUGUAGAAUCCGCAUUGUUUGGUUCAAUAGAGGAAUUGGAUGCUUCGAAGUAUAAACAUCUUUCCUUUGUGGAAGAUAUAUAUCGUCAAAUUAUCGAGAGUGAAUCGUCGGCAACCACCAAUAAUAAUAAACCUGAGAUUGUUGAUCAGGCAAUAAUACCCAAUUGCAGUCUUGAUUCUGCUUUAUUUGGAGACAUAAAUCCUAAUUUGGAAGAUAAUUUAUUGGGUCUUUAUUCACAAACGAAUUCCGGGAUUUAUAAUAAUUCUCAAAUAACAAAUUCCACAGCAUUAGAAAAUGUAAUCAGUGUACUUGUGCUUAAUUUAUCUCGUGUCAAACAACAAAAUUCAUCAUUAAACACCCUUGAUAAAUUCUUUACUAAUUAUCGGACGCAAUUGAAUGAAAUGAAUCGGAAAUUCUUAGAUGACGAAUUUAAAACCCAUUUAACUUCCGUGCUGGACGAAUUAAAACGUCAAACAUCAGCCUAUGAAUCCAUGGCUGAAAAGGCCCGGAUCCAAGAAAUAGAAUCAGAAGAAAAGCUAACUAUGGUAAGAAAAGAACGGCAGAGUUGUGAAGCUGAACUAGAUGUAAUGACUCGAAUUGUUAGUGAAUAUAAACAACAGGAAAUUGAAUAUAGGGCUAAUUAUCAAGAUUCAUUACUUAAAAUCAAAGUGUUGGAAAACGAAAGAGAUUCUUUACAGGCUACAAUUACAGAAUUAAAGAAGAAUCAAGAGCGGAGGGAACAAGAUCAAGAACAAGAACGAUUGAAUGGAUCUAAGGGGUAUGAAAGUAAGGAAGAUACAAUUGAGUUAGAAGGUGAAGAAGAAGAAGAAGAGGAUAAUUCAAAGGAGAAUUUAGCCGAAGUUGAAGAGAUAAAGGUAGAAAAUCAAGCCCAUGAAGAAGAACAUAUGAAUGAAAUAACUGAAGAAAUUGGGGGAUCGGUAGGAAAUCUUGCCGAAAUUGAAGAUGUGUCCAAUGCGAUUAAUGGUUUCAUAAUGGAUCUUUCAAGAACCCCAUCUGUUCGAGAAUAUGAUUCUACUCAUGGCGGAUCACGUAAAAGUUCAAUAGAAUUAACGCCUCCGGUGUCUGACUCAGAGGAAGAAGAGGAAGAAUAUGAAGCUAGAGAAAAAGAAAUUACCAGGAAUAACGAUAAACCGGAAAUUCCUGAUCCACUUACACCCGAAGAAGAAGGAGAAGAAGACGAAGAAGCUGGCUUUUCCCAAGAACAACUGGAAUCAAUCCUUCGUAAACGACUACAAUCUGCUUCACUUAAAGAUCAUAUGGAUAUUGAAAAGUUUCAACCUCCAAUAGAUAUUGAACCAUUCCCAACAGUGAGUGAAAGUAGUAAGGAUAAUUCAAAUUUAAAUAAACAUAGGAAUUCAAUCAAAGCUAAAUUUCUUCAAGGACGUGAUUUUCAGAAUGUUCAUGCUAUUGCUUUUGCUAUGUCUGGUUUCUUGGUUGGAUAUUUUCUACAACGAGCAACCGGGUAA